UUCUGCAUCCCCAUUGGUCGGAAACAAGGGGGGAACAUCCCCCUCUCGCCCUCGAAAAAGCGCCGGGGGAAAAUCGUGUGUUUUCGAAAGUCAGCGUGCGACAACUUCAGUACAUUAUCAGCUUGAACCGAGAUAACACACGGCGAUAAAUAAAAUAUAUAAUUUUCAUUAUUUUUUUUUAAAUGCAUAAAAUGUCUUUCGUAAUAUUAUAACAUAAGUGAUCAGUGCUGUGAAAUUGAUUAAAAAAAGAAAAAUCAUCAUCAACUGAUUUUUGGGGUUAAAUAAUGUCGUCUCCGAAGCCGGUAGGUUUGCACCAGCAAUCGAACCAAGAGCACAUCAAGCGACCGAUGAACGCUUUUAUGGUGUGGUCGCGUGGUCAGCGACGGAAGAUGGCCCAGGAGAACCCGAAGAUGCACAACUCGGAGAUCAGCAAACGGUUGGGUGCCGAGUGGAAGUUGCUGAGUGAGGGAGAGAAACGACCGUUUAUCGAUGAGGCAAAGAGAUUGAGGGCUCUCCACAUGAAAGAACAUCCAGACUACAAGUACCGACCUCGCCGAAAACCGAAACCCUUAGUGAAAAAAGAACCGAAAUUCGGCUUCACGAUGUCACCCCUGCUAGCACCCUCAAUCGAAAACCAACAUAUGCAACGAACCCUCAUGCCCCCCAUAUCUACGCCAUCAUCAAUCUCCUCAAUCCUAAACCCGGACUCGGAUCAUCACCUAAAAUUAUCCAGAACUCUCUUCCCUCCACUCCCGUACCUCUAUCAUCCCUUCCGACAUCCGGACGAAUCCAAAUUCGCAGCGGAACUGGCCCUUUUAUAUAGCAAUAACCCCUUGUACCCGCCGAAUAUUAAUUGGCCGUUAAACAAUUUACCCGGUCAAAAUAUGAACGGGACCGCCAAUCCGUGCAAUAUGUGCCCGCCGGCGUUUACGCGAAGAUCCCCGAGCCCGGAACCGAUCAAACGACCGCCGGUGUGCGUCAUUAUGAAAAACGACGAGUUCCGGAACGACCCGAUGCCCGCGCACGUUAUAUGAAAACCACUUCCGGUUCUACCGGAACGGUUGAACCAUUGGUUUAGCGAUAUUGCCACGUUGGCGACUAGUUCUAGUAGCAACGCUGUUGCCACCGCUACAUCUAACAUAGUGGAGUAUAAAGAUAACGGAGAUUCUGGACGAGACAGCACUAGUCCUUGCAAUUAGAAGGACGGUCAGGAUGUGAUAGAACUGAUAAAAUCUGACUGAAUUUAUUUAGUGUUUAAUGAACUAACGUGCAAUUUAUUAAGUGCAUUAUAAUAAAAACUUGUAAAGAAAUGUACAUUAUUUGAAGUAUGAGGUUCACUAGUAACUUAUUUGAUAAAAGGUCAUCUCAAAAGGUCCAGAGCCAUUUAAAUGACUCUCCGCUAGAUUAUAAAAAAGACCUUUCCAAAUUUGCUUUAGUAGAGCAAUGCCAAUCCAUGCAAAAUGUGGUCGCCCACGUUUACAAAAAGAUUCCGGGUCGAUGCUCAAGGAAUUUACACUAAUGUCCUCGGUAAAUAUUAGUAAUUGUACUAAUGACUACAUUAUCUAAUAAAAGGACCAUAUCAUGCAAUAUGUGUGCGUCCAAGAUUCACCAAAUAUUGUGGCGAGGCAAGAUGCUAAUGAAUUCUUUCAAGAUGAUGGCCACAAAAAUGUUCGAUAAAAUAUACAUCGGAAUUGCAAUUCAUGCAAUAUGUGCUCGCCCACCUUUCGAAAAAGAUCGGAGGUCUAGGCUUGGGGAAUUUACACUGUCACCUAAAUAAAAUGUUAGAAUUGACACUAUUCGUCUUGACCGAUAAAUCAAUAUAAGUAAUUGUACUAAUUAUUCCAGUAUCUAGUAAAAGGAUGAUCCUUUUAUCAUGCAAUAUAUACGUGCUCACUAAAUAUUCUUCUGAGAUCUCUCUCUGAUUUCAAGACCAAACAGUACCCUAGUAAAGGUAGUAAUUAGUCCAGUAUUAAAAAAAAGGACCAUAUCAUGCAAUAUAUGCGUGCCCAAGAUCCACCACAUGCUGUCGCGAGCCCAGUUAUUAUCAAAUUCUCUCAGAUUGAUAGACUAUAGAAAAUUUGCAAAAUCUACAACGGAGUGCGAAUCCAUGCAAUAUGUGCUUGCCCACGUUUUCAAGAAAAUCCGGGUGUAGACUUGAUGAAUUUACACUGUUAAAAAACCGAUGUGCAUGGAUUGCCACAGGCUACCAAUUCAUGCAAUAUUUGCUCGACCACGUUUCUAAGAAGACUUCAAAUAAAAUCGAUUUUAUUUCAGAAGAAAUGCCGAAGUUUCGGCCUUUAUUUAGGCCAUCUUUAGGAUUGGAAAUGACACGGUAGAGCUUACAGUAAAUUAUAAUUAAAUAAAUUGAUGCAUUAAAUAAAAAAACACUAUAAAACAGGUAUUCUUAUUUUUUUUUAUAACGUUACCCGUCCGUUUCCGUGACCGUCAUAAAGAAAAUAAGACAGCCUGUUUUAUUUUAUUUAUUUAAUUAUAAACUGUAACGUAUUAUUUCCAGCUCCGAAGACGGCCUAAUUAAAGCCCGAAACGUUGAUAUUUCUUCUGAAAUAAAAUUAGUUUUAUUUGAAGUCCUACACCUGCGACACUUUCUCUCAAUUUCACUCUAAAGACUUUAUGAAUAAAUAACUGUGUACUAUUUACUCCAGUAUAUAAUAAAAGGACCAUAUUAAGCAAUAUAUGCAUACCCAAGAUA